AUGUUGAUGUUGUUGAUGUUAUUGUUGAUGUUGUUGUUGUUGAUGAUGUUGUUGCUGCAGUUUGUAUUUUCAGCUGGAAGUCCGGGAUGGAUAUUUUUUACCAGAAGUGUGAGUUUGAAAAAUUUCAUGAUUCAAUCGAGACACUUUGGCAAUAGUGUUGAGGCUUUUGAGGUCAUUUUUUCAAUGCAGUUGAUCAUUCUGGCUCCCUCUCACUUGACAAGUCGAGUCAUAUCGGUGUCGAAUAAGAACCGAGGCAGUAUCGCGUCGGUAUGUUCGACCAACACCACUUUCGACACGCUGGACAACUUCACACCGCAGCAUCAACAGCAACAACAAUCGCAACGACAAACAUCAACCACACGACUUGCGUCAAGGAGGGAAUCGUCGCCAGUUCAACCCCAGCACCAGCAGCAACAACCUCAACGCCAGCAACUGCAACUGCCCAUCAUCAACAUUCCAACCACACCGACCACGCCUACCACAAACCUCCCCGCUGCACGCUCCACUGAGAACAUCAACGCCACCAGCGACCACCAGCCGUUCACUAUACCAACACCAUUGCCACUUACUUCCAGAAGAUUCUCUGGACCGAGUCCGACCAACUGUCUUGGUACCAUCGACCCAUCUCUGUACAGGCAUAGGCGCCGGAGUUACAACGAUAUGACUUCAAAAACAGGCGGGAAUAACGACUGCAUGGAAGAGGAUGACGACGACGAAGAUGACAACUUCGAUUACGGGCCCGACUAUCUGGGCAAGAUUCGUUUCGGGGUAAGUUACUCGAAAGAGUCUGAGAAGUUGACCGUGGUCGUCAUGCAGGCCAACAAGUUGCCAUCCAGGAACCCCGGGUCUGCCGACACCUGCGAUCCAUUCAUCAAGUUUGUGUCUCUUCAUAAUCAUCCUCCUCAUCAUCAUGUAUAA